CUUGUCGCACGCGCGCGGUAGCUGCGGGACAAAGCACGAGCCGAUGCUCUCUUGCUCUAUAAAUUAAGCAAAGCGGCUACAGUGUGUGCUGUGCACAGGUCAAUCGAAGAGGAGGAGGUGGAUCGAUCCAGACAAGACGCGGAAAGUGCUCGUCCUCACUCCCCACGCGCUGCCCGCACGAACGAACGAGAGAGAGAGAGACAAAUAGAGCGAGGAAGGGGUCGCGCUCGGCGAUGUGAUGGCGCAGCCGCGGCAGCGAAGACUCACGGCGCUCAUGGUGUUGCUCUCCCUCUGCUGCCUCGGCGGCGCGGCUUCUGCAGCGGGCAGCACUGGCCGGCAUGAUGGAGCGGCGGCGGCUGCCACUGAGAAGUCCGCCGGACAGGAGGCGGCGCGCGGCUUCACGGCGACGACCGCGGCGGAGGAGGAAGUAGUGCCGGCGAGGGUGGAGAUGGAGCAGGUCGACGUCCAGGACUACCCCCCUACAGAGUCCAACGCCCGGCACGACCCGGGGUACCCGCGCCCGCGGGGGCCGCGACACCCGUGAGAACCACUGAACCAGGCUACUACGUGCUCGCCGGCCUACCCAGCCUCGUCCUCCACCGCCCCGCCCGACACUCCCGCGCCUCCUGCGCCUGUACGUGCGGCCAGCUGACGCCACAUGCUGCGCCAUAGCCCCCGUAGCUUUGCCCUUUCCAUGUUCUUCAGUUACUGCUGAACCUUUUUUGCUUUCUUUCGCCGUGCUGGCCACUGACGCUGUGAGGAUGUGCGUGUCAUGAUUUCCGGUGGUGCUUCUGUCUCGCCGUCCCAUGUUCUUCUUCGCAUGUUAUGUGUCAAGCCUAUGUAAAUGAUGAUUGAUUCGCGCUCU